UCUAAGGCCGGUAUUAGACUAUAAAAGAUAUUUGACAAAGAUCUUUUAUAAAACAUUUUGUUUGAUUCUAGUUCUUUUAAGAAAAGUUUUUGAGCAGUAGAACAGUAUUACACUAUCAAAGAACUUUGUAAAAUUUAAAGAGAAUCGCGACGUUAUUUUUAUUUAAAAAUGGAUGAAAGACGUGCAUUAGCUUGCGCUGUUGCUAUGAGUGCUGCUGUUGUUACAAUGUGUUUAGUGUUAAAAAGAAAAAAAGAAAAAAACCGUCGACUUUGGGAAAGACCCUGGGUAGCGAGGCGUAAUUUAAGAGGAAUCCAUCAUAAUCUGCUAAGAGAGUUACUAUCUGAAGAUAGUAGGAGUUAUGAAAACUAUUUAAGAAUGGAUCACGAAACAUUUACGUUUAUUGCUUCAAAAAUAGCACCAAUUAUAUCCCGACAAAAUACACACUUAAGGAAUCCUAUCAGCGUUGAGGAACGCCUUAUGGUGACCCUUCGAUUUCUGGCAACUGGAGAGAGUUAUUCCAGUCUUCAAUACAGCAGUCGUAUACCUCAAUGUACCCUAUCAGGCAUAAUCCCGGAAACGUCCAAGGCCAUAUAUCAGGCAUUGAAAAAUGAAUAUCUGAAGACACCAACAACUAGAGAGGAAUGGGAAAAUAUUGCCAAGGAGUUUGAAAACAAAUGGAAUGUGGUCAAUACAAUUGGAGCAAUGGAUGGAAAACACAUUCGAAUUAAUUGUCCGGAAAUAGGCGGCUCUCAUUUCUUUAACUAUAAGUCUUAUCAUAGUAUCAUAUUAUUUGCUCUCACUGACGCCGACUAUAAAUUUGUGUAUGUAGAUGUUGGAACGAAUGGCAGAAUCGGUGACAGUGGGGUGUUCGCUAAAAGCCAACUAAGAAGAUGCUUACUAGACAGAACAAUAUUAAACAUUCCCGACGGCAAAAAUCUUCCGAACACAAAUAUUACCAUGCCCUAUGUUGUUCUAGCUGAUGACGCGUUUCCUCUGAGCUACAAUGUUAUGAAACCGUAUUCUUUAAAAAAUAUAACUAAGGAAGAAAAAAUAUUUAAUUACAGACUAUCUCGUGGAAGACGAAUGGUCGAAAGUAGCUUCGGAAUAUUAGCAAGCCGAUUCAGAGUUUUUUUAACUGCAAUUAAUUUAGCACCUGAAAAAGUUACAUGCAUCACACUUGCUGCUUGCACAUUACAUAAUCUGUUAACUGAAAGACAAAAACAUCUAUAUACACGCCAUGACGUUUUUACUCGAACUGAAAAUAUUUUUCAAUACCAAGACGUUCAUAUCGAUGAAGAUCUUCAGGAAAUGCAAGUUCUUACAAGACAGGUUCAUAUUGGAGGGAAACGCCAGGGUCGAGAAAUAAGAGAUGCAUUUAAAUCAUAUUAUAACGGUUCUGGAAAAGUUCCAUGGCAAGAAAAUUAUAUAUAA